GACGCGUUCGCGAUGAAGAAGUUCACGUUCAAGGGGGUGCUGGACGGGUUCCGCAGCUCGGUGCAGGCGGCGCCGCGCGGGACCGAGCAGGAGAUCCAGGAGACGCUGCGCACCGACCACUUCCAGAUCAAAAAGACAUUUCGGCACGGGUUCCCCUUCUCACCGACGGCGCUGGCCUGGGACCCCAUACAGAAGCUCCUGGCCAUCGGCGACAAGAGCGGCAACCUACGGAUUCUGGGCGGGCCGGGCGUGGACGCGCACGUGCGCCACGACUCCGGGGAGGCGGUGCUGCACGCCAAGUUCCUGGUCAACGAGGGCGCGCUCGUCACCGCCACCGCCGACGACCAGCUCAACCUGUGGACCUUCCGCCAGAAGUCGCCGCAGAGGGUGCAGUCGCUCAAGUUCCAGAGAGAACGGAUCACAUGCCUGCACCUGCCGCUGCAGUCCAAAUGGAUCCACGUGGGCACGGAGCGCGGCAACGUGCACGUCGUCAACAUCGAGACCUUCGCGCUGUCCGGCUACGUCAUCAACUGGAACAAGGCCAUCGAAGUAACGAGGCCGAACCACCCCGGGGCUGUGGUUGAAGUCAGCGACAAUCCACUGGACUCUAGCAAGUUAGUGAUCGCGUUCGAGACGGGGCUGGUGGUGGUGUGGGACCUGCGCGCGCGCGCGGCGGAGUGGCGCGGCUGCCUGGGCACGGGCGCGCCGGGCGACGCCGUGCGCGCCGCGGCCUGGCAGCACGACGGCAAGCUCAUGACGGCGCACGUGGACGGCGCGCUGGCCACCUGGAGCAUGCGCUCGCCGCGCCCCCUGUCGCUGUCCUAUCCGCACGCGAAAGCAAAUAAAGACGGGAAGCCAGAACCCUGUAAACCUAUACUCAGACUGGAAUGGAAAACUGCAAGAACGGGCGAGAGCCUGGUGAUGUUCUCCGGCGGGCUGCCGACGGACAAGGCGGGGCGCACGCACAGCGUCACGGUGCUCAACGGCAAGAGCACCACCGUGCUGGAGAUGGAGCACGCGGUGGUGGACUUCGUCACGCUCUGCGAGAGCCCGCACGCCGCCGAUUACCAGGAGCCGUACGCAAUCGUGGUGCUGCUGCAGAACGACCUGGUGGUCAUCGACCUGCAAUCCCCCGGCUAUCCGUGCUUCGAGAACCCCUACCCCAUGGACAUACACGAGUCGCCCGUCACCUGUUGCUGCUACUUCGCUGACUGCCCCUCGGAUUUGAUCCCGGCAUUCUACUCGGUGGGGCGGCAGGCUAACAAGAAGGCGGCGGGCUUCAGCGAGAAGCUGUGGCCCAUCAACGGCGGCGAGUGGGCGGCCGCCUCCUGCUCCUACAGCGAGAUCAUACUCACGGGGCACGCGGAUGGUAGUGUAAAAUUUUGGGAUGCAAGUGCAGGGACAUUACAAAUUUUAUAUAAAUUAAAAUGUUCUAAGGUGUUCGAGCGGCGCGGCGGCGGCGGCGGCUACGACGAGGACGCGCCGCUCGCCAUCCAGCAGGCGGCGUUGUGCGCGGAGUCGCGGCGGCUGUGCGUGGCGCUGCCGCACGGACACGUCGUGCUCUUUAAGUUUAGGAAAACAGAAGUUCAAGCGGAAACUCAUGUAGUCGAAGUGCCUGUGAUCACGGACGCCGUGGAGGAGGAGACGUCCCCCGAGGUGGAGAGCGGCCGCUCCGCCUCCUUCUGCCGCGGGGGCGACAGCGUCGAGGGAGACAACCGGAGAGCGGGCGUGUGGGCGGGCAGCGCGCUGCGCGUGCGCGGCGGCGCGGGCACGGGCGGCGUGCGGCGCGCGCCCGGCUUCCAGGCGGCGCUGGUGGCGCUGCAGCACGGCCCGCCGCACCCCGUCACCGCGCUCGCCUUCAACUCCUCCUACGGCCUGAUGGCGUGGGGCGGCGAGCGCGGCGUGGUGGUGGUGGACGUGUGGCGGCGCUGCGUGGUGGCGGCGCUGCCGGCGCACGCGCUGUACCUGCCGCACGCCGAGCCGCAGCCGCACCAGCCGCGCCACGAGCGCCGCUCGCCCGACCUCGACCAGUUGGAGGAGUCGCCGGCCAGCCCGGAGCCCGCCGAGGAAGCCGCGCCGGAUCCCAAGCUCGACUCGCGCCGGAAAUCCACCCCCUGGAAAAACUUCAACCUCAAACGCCAGCUCUCCAAAGUGGACCUCAAGUUCAAAGCCGCCUUCGCGCCCGUCGAGAACGAGGAGAAUGUCGAAAAGAGCAAUUCGCAAUUUUACUGCGAGCCGGGCCCCGCGGAGGCGGCGCCCGAGCCGACGCCCGAGCCGGCGGCCGAGGCCGGCGCGUCGUCGCCCGACAGCUCGGAGGCGGCCGACGCGUCGGACGAGGACGCGCGGCGCGCCGACGCGUUCGAGCGCAUGCACCGCGAGCUGCACGAGGGCCGCGCGCCCGACGCCUUCGACCGCAUGCACCGCGAGCUGCAGGAGCGCUGGCAGGAGCAGGAGCGCGCGUCGCCCGAGGCGCCCGAGCGCGCGCCGCGGCCCGACUGCCUGCCGCUGUUCGACGAGGACGGCAAGCCGCUGCGGCCGCCGCGCGGCAAGCUCAAGCCCGCGCGCCCGCCGAGCGCGCCCGGCCGCCCGGCCAAGGACGCGGUGCGCGACCUGCGGCGCCGGCAGGCGGGCGCCCCGCAGGCGUCGUUCGCGGGCACGCUCAUGCGGCGCUUCAGAGAGUUUGUAGCGAGACUUUGCGCCAGACCCGACCGUACCGUCGGAGAAGAGCCGACAGAGCGAGUCAUAGAAGUGCCCACGAGGAUAGACAAGCUGGACAGCUCGUUCUCGCGCUCGCGCUCCAGCAGCAUGUCGAGCCUGGAGAACAUCUCGCAGGAGGGCAUCCAGUGCCUCGCCUUCGCCGAUAGCUACACGAAAAAGUCUGACCCCACGACGCUGCUGCCGACGCUGUGGAUCGGCACGACGCUGGGCUCGGUGCUGACCGUCAUGAUCAGCCUGCCCGACACCGAGCUGCGGCACACGCAGCCCGUCGUCGUCUCCACCAGCGGUGGCCCUAUUUUUAGAUUAAAAGGUUCAAUAUUGGCGAUGUCAUUUUUGGACUGCAACGGUGCUUUAAUCCCCUACUCGUACGAAAGUUGGAAGGACGACGGUAAAGACUACAGGGACCGGCGCGAGCGCACGCCCACCAAGCAGGGCUCCGGCAGCAGCCACCAGAGCCCCGGGCCGGCGCCGGGCGAGGCGGGCGACCGCCAGUUCGUCGUCAUCGCGUCCGAGAAGCAGGCGCGCGUGGUGGCGCUGCCCAGCCAGAACUGCGUGUACCGGCAGCAGAUCGUCGACACGGACUUCGUCGUCAAGUCCGAGAUCGUCAGUUUAAAAGACAGCGUGUGCCUGGUGAACUACCUGUCGAGCGGCCACCUGGCGGCCUACAGCCUGCCCAGCCUGCGCCCGCUGCUGCUCGCCGACUUCCUGCCGCUGUCCGAGCUCAGCUUCCAGACACAGUCCAAACAGAGGGGUAUCGUAGACCCCAUGCUCUCCAUAUGGGGCCAGCAACUAAUAGUUAACGAGGACACGGAUCAGAUAGCGAAGACCUUCUGCUUCAGUAACCGCGGGCACGGCCUAUACCUCGCCUCGCCCACAGAGAUACAGAAGUUCACCAUCGACGCCGAGUUCUGCACCCAGCUCAACGAGAUGGUGGGCGAGCUGUUCCUGCCGCGCGACAUGCCCGAGCCGCCCAAGGAGAGCUUCUUCCGCGGCCUGUUCGGCGGCGGCGCGCGCCCGCUGGACCGCGAGGAGCUGUUCGGCGAGGGCAGCGGCAAGCCCAACCGCGCCGUGGCCAAGCACAUCCCCGGCCCGUCGCUGGAGGCGCUGGGCGCGCGCGCCGGCUCGGCCGCCAGCGAGGUGUCGCGCGCGCACCAGCUGGUGCUGGAGCGCGGGGACAAGCUGUCGCAGCUGGAGGAGCGCACGGAGCGCAUGCACAUGCAGGCGGGCGAGUUCUCCUCCUCGGCGCACCAGCUCAUGCUCAAGUACAAGGACAAGAAGUGGUACCAGCUGUGAGCCGCGGCGCCGGCGGCGCAGCGCUCGCCGUGACGGCGCGAGCGGCGGCGCAGAGGAUCUCGCAUUCGGGCAGCGCCGGCGCCCCGCGGUAGAGCUUAGCGACCUUCGAGAUUUUACUGAACGUUAGAACUCUUCGUAGGCGUGACUCGAGCAACAAACGCACAACUCCUCCCGUCGCACGCACGUCGCGGCGCCGCCUGCGAGCCGUGGCGAUCAAUUAUUUCUGUGCCUCGACGAGUCGCGCGACCCGGCGGCGCCUCGGUCGCGCCGUCGACUGAUUUGUCAGAGUCCAAUAGUUGUUAGAGAAGAAGUCGCGACGACGUCAGCAAGCGGCCGAGCGGCGCCGCGCGCACGUAUCGUUCACAUUCCUCCGUGCGAUGUGAUAUUGUAAAUAUUAUUACUUACUAUAUACUUAAUCUUUUUAUACAGUGUACCUUAUAUAUGACUAAAGUAGUGAUUUCUCUAUAUCGCACUCUUCCCGUCUAGCGUCUUCUCCUGUUUCCCACCACACGUCCCGCGCCGCCGGCGCCGCGUGGCUGCAGUGGGCGAAACUUUUUAUAGGUCCGGAUGAGCGACAAACUAACUUAACUAAAUAAUAGGAACGAUGUUGAUCUGUAUAAAGUAUUGAAUAAAUAAAUAAAUAAAUAAAUAAAUGUUAUAAAAAGGUUGAAAAAUGAAGAAGCAUUGGAUGACAAUAAUUUAGUUACUCGUUCGACGGAGAAUCAGUUCCCGCGCGUGAUGUUCUUCAUUUGGUUCUCGAUAAUGUUAAUAUAUUUCAUUGAAUUUUAAUAUAAUGUUUUUUUAUCUGAUUUCAUUGUGCGCUUUUUUUUUGAUUCCCGUUCGUAGUAGAAUAGUUUUGUGUCGUUUUAUAAAUUGGAGUGGGUCGGGCGACCGCGGAGCGGCCGGCUCCGCAGCGAAGGCGCGACCGCUCGCGUCGCAACGACGCGAACGUCACGAAGGCCAGUAGGCAGUAAGCCAGGCGCUAGGCGCUGACCAGACCAAUCGGUGUCGUGUCGAUGUUGUUAGAUAAAUAACUAACUAAUACUAAAUAAAACGAUAACUAAUAUUACAUUGUAAAAAUAACUGAGUAACUAAGUGCACUGUACGAAUAGGUAAGGCGCCGCGUGGAGCCGACGCGCCGGCGCGUGUCGCGAGUUUUAGCUUUUCUUGAGCUGCUGUCGGCAGCUGUCGGCGGCUGUCGGCAGCUGUCGGCUCCGGGCGACGUAGUGUAGCGUACAGCGGCGUGUGGCGGCAUUGACUAAUACUCGUGGUGACGUAAGCUCGGUGACGUCACAUUAAUACCUACUCGUUAACUUAGGGUAGACAGAAAAGUGAGUAGAUAAAUAAUUGGCGUGCAGUUUAAUACGUAUUGGUUUUGCCGUAAAUCAAUAGACACUCAUACGUGCGGCAUACCAAAACAUUACUGUGAACAAUUUUUCCACCUAUAUGUUUGAGCUAACGGUUUUUAGUCUCAUACGCAGACUCAGCGCACAUGUGGUACUCUUUGUGAGGGAAUGCGAUAGAUGCUUUACAAAAUGUCUAUACACUGUCUAAUGUAAUUAUAAUUACAAUCGAAUAAUUUUAAAAUUCGACAGUUGGGCGGACGUCGUAUCAGUAAUGUAUGUAGGUACCCCCAAAAGGUUAUGACCCCAAUUAAAAUACGUCGAAACAAAAUGUCAUUUGUCUGCGGCUGCGCAGGUACAAUUACAGUCAUAUAUGUUAGACGCGUGGUUGCCGGUAGGUACAUUAAAGAUGUCAAAUAGUUGAAAUGUUGUAGGCGAUGGCAACGGUGACAAUGUGCUACGGUUGCCGCGGCAGUCGGCAGCUGUUGCCGUAAAUGCCCAACACCCGAACGUCUGUUACUGCGCAUAGUUCGACGCCGCCUACUACCUACAUACCUACCUAGUACCUAAAGUCGUUAUCAUGAAAGAAGUCCCCCAGACGCCGCGUCUGGGGGACUAAUGUCUUAAUGGCGCUCAUUAUAAUUUGGUAAUGGCGGUCUUAUUGUCAUUUGUGUAAGGCGCUGUUAAUUGUAGUUCAGGUUUUAGCCGUGGGACGUCUUUCAUUAAAAGGAUUCUAUGUGUUGAUCGAGUGAUGAUCGAGUGAGCGGAGUGGGGAGUGUGCUACUGUUGUUAAUUGAUGAUGAGUGAAUGUGUGAAGGGAUUGAGUAUAUUUUACGUUUGAAUCUAAAUCGCACUUUUUUGCUUUCUAUAAAUAAUGUUAUUUUAAUUGUAUCCUUUUAAUAUCCCUACCAUGGCUACAUUGUUCGUUCCUAAUGUAUAAAACUGACUAGAAAAGCGACUAAAUGAGUUUGUGCUAUAGAAUCUGCUACUCGUAGCACCUUGAGAUGAAAUGACUAAGUAGAGACAAUGGCUGCGCACUGACCCUCUGACACGAUCACAAUAUCUACUAUUAUAGGUAGGUACCUACCUAGAAAAUGGUUAACGCUGAUUCCGCUAUCAAAGGAAUCCCCUCCAGCAUACUUGUACGUCAGUCUGCAUUGUCACCGUCGUGUGUAAAGCUGCGGGCAACCCGCGGUGACUGUCUCGCGUAUGAACACGACGCUAUGGCUUGCAAGUUCGUUGAUACACUCCCAUGCUAUGAGGGCGACGGGAGGGGACUGCGCGGAGCAUCGCUACCCUCACCCGGCCCCCGCGGACCAUCGGGAGGAUUACGAACGAAUUUUCCAAGCUUUCCCGCGAACGCGAGCGAGACGCCACAUACGGAAUCUGUCCGUAGCGUUAUGCGUCCGUGAUGAGGAUCUGUAUUAUCUAAGUUUAAUUUGUUGCGAGUUGCGCUGUAAAUGUUAGAUGCCAAAGGAAAUUACGUUUUUCAUACUCCAUUUUGUACAUAAUAUUGUCUAAUCAGAAUUAAAAGCUCUGCACUCGACGACAUGUUCACGUAUCUAUCAUACACUGAAAAUAUGAAAUAUCUAAAUUAUAUAGUAGGUAUAGUAGGUACAUAUACCUACCCAUCUUACGUACCUAUUUUAUUAAACCAAAAUUUCGAGGUUUGGCACUUUUUAAUUUCUUUGUUCACAUUCAAAGAAUCGCUAUAUAAAAGACAUCAACGCGCUUCUAUUUUAACGUAUUCAUUUAAUUUUGAAUUAUUUUUAAUUUUACAUUAUUUGACUUUCGCCAAUCAUGAAAUUAUGACACAACUAGAAAUUAUCGAUAUAUUUUCAUUUAUUCGAGAAAAAUAAUAAAUCGUUAAAAAAACAUUGGUUUACCGGACACAGUUAAAAUGUUUACACAUCUCUCAGCUUUAUUAGAGUAAAUUGUGAAACCUACGAGUACCUACCGUAUCACACUAGUAGGCUCGUCGCACACCAUCGGACGAGCUGCAGGCGGCUCGUCGCGUUGCGUGAACGCGUCGUCGGUGUGCAGGCGCCCUUGUUACGCGCUCAUGUUGUAUUUAUGUUGGCAUGUUACAGUUUAUUGAGGGUUGCGAGCCGGUCCGCCGCACGGACGGAUCGGUUGUAUUAUUGUAAAGAUUGUAACUUAUCGCUGUUCCGAUAUUACGAGUAGGUAUAUCACUAAAGUUUAAAUAUUUUAACCAGAUUAUUUUUGGUACGUUGACGUGUAUACAAGCGAUUACAGAAUUGAUUCGAGAAACAAUGUAUUUUCUUAUCUAUAUUAAUUAGAGGUUUUAGUGGAGAUGGAUAUUUUAGAGAUUCACUUGCAGGUUAUAUUGAGCUACAGUGAUGUUAGGUCGCUGGUGAGAUGUACCUACACGAACUGGGAGCGAGGCGACACUGAAUGAGAGUUGUAAACAAACAAACAAACUUCAAGUUCGUGCGAGAUGACGAGACACCGUUCGCUCAGCAUUUCCGCGUGCGAUGACGUCACAACAAAUAGUUUCUAUGCGUCUCGUCUCAACCGCAUUGCUUCCUAUAAACAAUAGCACUAUUCUGUGUUUAUGGUUUCGCAACAAUAUAAGUUUCGAAUUCGUCUCUAUCUCUCUCUAACACGAUACUCUACAUAGAGAGUUAAAUGGAUGAAUUCGAAGCUCGCACAGAUAGUGCUAGAUUUUAUUAGCAAAAUAAAUAAUUAUAUAAUAUUACAAAGUAAAUAAUUAUGUAAAAAAAACAGUGUGCGACUUGCGUUGGGCCUGGCUAGGGCUACGACCCAACCUGACAUCACUGAAGGCGGCAAAGCAUACGCUACGCUUGCAUUUUGAAGAAAUACCUAAUUGUUAUGUACGUAGAGGCUCCAGGUGCGAUGCGCAGCUCCCGCGUGCUGUAACGUAACGUAACGUAACGUAGCUCAUACUCUGCCUUCCGAGAUUAAUUUUAUGAUACUUAAUUACUGUAGAUAACGCCAAAACUCUGUGUUGAUACAUUUUAAUUAACCUUGUUUGUAACUAGCUAGAUUAAUAAAUGUGCAAUAUUAUUAUAUCUAUAUUUAAAAAGCUAGAGAAAGUAAUGUGAAGUACCGACAUACCUUAUUUUAUUUUAUAUAUUUGGUGCUCACGUAGUUGUCGAGAGUAUUACUUGUUAAGAAUCGGAAUUAUAUUUAUUUCGUUAUACGAUUAUAUGUAUUAAAAUAGUGGGUACUUAAACAUGCGCUUAUUAAAUAUAUCAACCUAUCCCUUAGACACUUUGUGUGACAAUGUUUAGUUUUCCUACAAAAAUGUUUCUAUAUCGCGCCGACCGUUCGUCCGAUCUAUACACACAGACCAGUGUAAACAUUGGCACCACUACAAUUGAAAGAAAGCGGUCUACGCUAUAUAGGAGUGUUUCCGCUGAACGCAACAGUCGUGGUCGCAAAUGAGCGCGACAAUCUGACUGCGCUGCGUUUAGUGCGUUAAGUUUAAUAAUUCUACGAAUGUUGUAGCGCUGGAGGACGCUGGCUCCUCGCUAGCGCCAUCUAUUCUAAAACCAGGAACUCGUCCAGAAAGAACGAAUUCAACGUGAUAUUGAACACUCCGAACGUAUCUGUAUACUCACAUUUACAUUUAUAUAAAUUGACAAAGUAAAAUGACCCCAAUGCUCUUUCAUUUGAGUUCGAAUUUCUACGAUUGCGCUAACCUGCGGAAACUUAUAACAACUUGAAAAUGUAUGACAUCUAAAAGAAGCAUUGGAUUCUUAUGGUCGAUGUGUUUUUUAUUAGACUGUCAGAAAGUCACACUGACGUUGCGUUAACGCAUUAGCAGCGCAGACGCUGCGAUUGACGCAACGCAGUAGGGACCCAAUCCCUGAAGCUGCAACCAUGCUGCUGUAGCUGGUGCACACGCACACAGGCGCAGUGUCUCUGCUGCAAUGCCUUCGACGACGCUAGUGAGAAAGGGCUCGCAAUCUCGGGAUGAAUUCGCUCUUUCCGGCCGAGGUCCGAAAGGUUCCCAUUGUACGCGUUUAUUCGGAAAUUAAGGGACUAAAUUAUUAAUAAGGUUUGUAAAUAAAUAAAUAAAUAAUUACCAAAACUUGUGGCAAAUUAUUGAUUGUUAAAUUUGAAUAACCGUAGUUCAUUUGAAACAUUGUUUUGUAUUAAGACUUCCGUUGUAACGCUCGGACCGAGGACGAGGUUAUGAAACUAUACCUAUACAUAUUGUAUAUAAUGGAUGCUGUUGAAUUAUAUUAUUUAGUUUGGUAGAUGAUUAUAGUCAUUAUAUAUAAAUACAAAAUACAAAUAAAAUUAUAUCAAAACGAA